AUGGAAACUUGGAACCGAAGAUUUAACCUCGGUGGACUCCGAUUCUCGGCCUUCGAUCGGAUUUCUAUACAAUUGUAUACCAUUCUUAUAUCCAAAGAGCGUGGGAAGGAAGUAAAUUGGGAGAGAGAGGGAAUACAGUUAAUAGUUAUAGGCAUAGAAUAUUUCCCACAGAAACCAAAUCCCCAGUGUCCGGAUCGGGAGGCAAAUGAAGCCCUGGGGCAAAUUGGGGGGAUUAAUCAUCAUCCACCCCUCCGGCCCCGGGCUUCCCCCCCACUGAACAUUCAAAGAAAAAACCCACUUGUGGCCCCAACUUCUCUCUUCUUCCCGGCUUCGAUCCAUUCUAACAUCUCCAAAAUCUCGAUUCACACGAAUCGAAUUAUCUAG